AUGGUGAUGAUGUAUGAGUUUGUGAUGUGUUCUCCCCGAUGUGACAGGUCGGUGGACAAUCACCUACUUCAGGUUAACAUUUUCUUUCAUAAAGGCGUAAGUAUGGGACAAGGCAAUAGCCGUUUGCUUUUUGUACAUAUGCUUAAAAAUAUCCUUAAGGUAAAUCAGAUGCAUGAUAAGGAGAAGAAGUUGCUUUUUAAAGAUUCCUCUACUCCUUCUAAUAUUGCAGGACUAGAUUCUCCUGAGAUAGGAGAUAACUCUGUCAUUGCUAUGGUAAACAAUUCUUCUACUCCUUCUUGUCCUUUGUCUUUAAUGUCACCAUUACAAAGGAUUGUGCAGCAAGCAGCUGCAAAAGGAGAUGAUAUAUCAGAAUUUAAUCUUUUUCCAGUUAUGGAACAGGAUGAUGGACAGGGAAAUAGAAUUAGGACGCAUAUUCCUUUUCCAUUUAAACAGUUAAAAGAAUUAAAAUCUGCUUGUUCACAGUAUGGACCUACAGCUCCUUUUACUCAGGCUGUGUUGGAGUCUCUGACUACUGAAGUUUUGGCUCCUAACAAUUGGAAACAGAUAGCAAGAGCUUGUCUGUCAGGAGGGCAUUAUCUUUUGUGGAAGUCAGAAUUUGGAGAAUUGUGUCAGGCUACUGCAGACAUUAAUAGAGUUCAAAAUAUUGCCAUAAAUUUUGAUAUGCUUGCAGGUAAAGGACAAUAUAGAGAAACAGCACAACAAAUAACCUUUAAUAUCGCUGCAUAUGCUCAAACUAGUGCUGCAGCAAAAAAGGCUUGGAAUAAGCUACCAUCAUCUGGACAGCAGACUGAGAAUCUGUCUAAGAUUAGACAAGGUCCUGAUGAGGCAUAUCAGGAUUUUGUGUCUAGACUUUUACAGGCUACAAGAAAGCUUAUUGGAGACACUGAUGCAGGUUUAUUGUUGGUAAGACAACUAGCCUAUGAAAAUGCUAACUCUGUGUGUCAAGCUGCACUCAGGCCUUAUAGAAAGAAAGGCAACCUGUUUGAUUAUAUUAGACUUUGUUCUGACAUUGGGCCUUCUUAUACCCAGGGAGUAGCUAUAGCUGCUGCUUUGCAAGCUAAAUCUAUGAAAGAUAUUAUAUUUCAACAGCAAAGCAAGAAAAGAUGCUUCAAGUGUGGACAACAAGGACAUUCCCAAAACAGUUGCCCUCGUGGCACUUCUAACUUCAGACAGGGAAAAGGUCCUCCAAUGUGCCCUCGCUGUAAAAAAGAUGCUUUGUUAAUUUUCACCAAUGGCUCUUCCAAUGGAAGCGCCUCCUAUGUUGCCAAUGGAGAAAAUGUUGUUGUGCAUACACCACAUUCUUCAGUGCAAAUUGCUGAACUUCAAGCUGUUGCUUUAGUUUUUCAAAAAUUCCCAGAUCAAGAGUUUAAUCUUUUUACUGAUAGUUUUUAUGUCGCUCUGCAGCGGAUAGAUUGUGGCAUCCUUCUACUUCCACAGAUUAUGCAAAGGUUAAAUGGAAAGAUCCUUACACAGGACUAUGGAAUGGGCCAGAUCCAGUGCUCAUUUGGGGGCGAGGACAUGUUUGUGUUUCCCCACAGGAUGCUGAAAGUGCCAGUUGGUUGCCAGAACGGCUGGUGUAGUUUGCUGAGUUUCAUGAUUCUGUGCUUCCUGGUGAUCUGA